CUUUUGUACCUUGGAGAAGGCAAAAUACAGGACAAGAACCUCCCACACCGCACGAAGCUGAUGGAAAUGAUUCUCAACGAGUUCCGGACUGAGUAUUGCAAAAUUAAAGAUGAUCUAAAGAAUUCUCUUGGUCGCAUAUCUCAUACCACCGACCUUUGGAGUGAUCAGAACCUGGAUAGUUUCAUGGCACUAACAGCACAUUUCAUGAUUCAUGAU